AAAAUUUAGAUGGUAUUAUGGUAUAUAUAAAAGAUCAAAAUAGUCCAACCCAAAGACCAUUUUGAUCAGUAGAAGAUGGCGAGCGGGAGAGCAGUAGAAGCCCUUCGAGCUUACAGAUCAGUGUUGAAGGCCACUCACAAAGCCUUCGCCGGAGAUACUUUCAUGCUCCAACAAUCCGCCGCCGAGGUCAGAAAGAAAUUCGAGGAGAAUCGCCACGUCUCAUCGGAGGCUGAUAUUCAGAGGCUAUUGGAGGAUGCAACUGAGGCCUCUUCGUUCAUAUCUACUAUGAUUAUCCAAGCCAAAGCUACACCUUCCGGUGCUUUCGUGGUGAAGCCUGAGAAAGAACAUGCUGGAGCAACGCUUGAGAUUCCUUCUGAAGAGAUUCUUAAGAAUUCUGCUUGAGCAUAUUCAAGGAAGCUCAGAGCAUUUAGACUGCUGUGCUAGCACUUUUAUCUUUCAUUAACCAUAAGUUUGUCUUUUGAGUUUCUCCACUUGGAAUUUUCUUGGAGAUUCUGCUUUCUCCAAGGUCAUGACGUUUCAGUCUUUCCUGUUUUUGUUACAUUUAGGCCAUAAUUUAGUGGAUAUUGCAUCCAUCUA